UUAUGUGUUGCUCAUCAGUUGUGCUCAUCUAGGAAAUUUAUGGGUAAAUUUCAGUGUUGCUUUGAUCCAGAAGACCAGGAGUACCUGAAACAAGCGUGGUUAACUCUGCAACCAUCAGGCGAGAGUGUGUCUUCAUCUCCAUGGAUUCGUCCAAUUCGAUUCAAUUUUUUUUCUUGGUCAGAUAAACCACGGCUUUUGAGCAAACCUAUCAAGAAAGGGGGCUUGGACCUCUACUAUGCUGAUUCGGAGUUGGACGGCAUACUACCCAAUGAAGAUGGCUGCGCUAGAACUCGUGGUUUCUUCAGGUUGUCUGCAAAGGAAAAGCGACGGCUUAUCAGGCGGCCAGAAGACGAGCAAUAUGACAAGACAGUUAUAAGCGAACGAGAUGAGGCUGCCGUUCGGCACAAUGUUGUACUCACUAAAGAAUCUCGUUCGAUGCAUCGACGACUUCUAACCACAAUGGGAGACACGAAUACGGAUUUCUUUAAAGUCAAUCAGCUUAAGUAUCGUAAAAAGAUGAUCAAAUUUGCUCGAUCAAGAAUUCAUGGUUGGGGAUUAUACGCAAUGGAACCAAUAGCACCAGAUGAUAUGAUUGUGGAAUACGUGGGACAGAAGAUACGAAAUACAGUGGCCGAUGUACGCGAAAAAGCUUACGAGCGACGUGGAAUCGGUAGUAGUUAUCUGUUUCGAAUUGAUGAUACUACUGUUAUCGAUGCCACCCGUAUGGGGAACUUUGCUCGAUUUAUAAACCAUUCAUGCCAGCCAAAUUGUUACGCAAAGGUGGUUACGGUUGAUGGAGACAAGCGUAUUGUGAUAUACAGCAAGACCCUCAUAAAUAAAGGAGACGAAAUCACAUACGACUACAAGUUUCCGAUCGAAGAAGACAAGGUGGACUGUCUUUGUGGUGCCCCAAACUGUCGUGGAACGCUUAAUUAA